AUGGUUUACCGCGGCAAGAUGAACAAGACAGCAAGUCCUCGUUGGGUAAUGGGUCCUGCCCUGCCAUAUAGGGGUUUUUCUUUGUUGCUGACAUUGCUCGGCGUCCUAGGUGCGCCUCUGGCAGUGGCCUGUUUCAAGGCGCCGGUCGCGAGGGGCUCUCAAGAAUGCACCGCCUCCUCCGACGCGAUUCUCGUAUUUGAGGUGGAGGAUACCGCAAAGGUGUUCAAAUGCCCAUCCGGGUGGGAACUCGUGCCUGAGGAUGUAACACGUGUGUGCCAACAAGACAACUGCAACGUAGAACUGGACAGCCUUGUCAGUGGAGCCAAACUCGACAGGUCGUCAAAAACCAACGCGUUCACCCUCACUCUCCCGCCGGAAUCCAAGCGAGAGCAGAGACUGUGGUAUUACACUUGCAAGGUCAAAGUCAGCCACUCUGGAGACGAACCCGACUCUCCGCACAGCGAAGAUGCGAAUAGCAGCAACGACGUGCCAGGCAACGGGCAAAACCCGUCCCCGGGUUCCCAAGGCCCCGCCGGCGCACCGCUCCCUGAAGAACCGGACAGCGAGGAACCCCCCAAAGUUGUGCCUCCUGAGUCUUCUCCUACGGAACACCCGACAGGCAGCGGUGUCGGCGACACUUCCAUCAAUAAUAGCUUGUCAAGCGGGAGCGUCAACACCGCGGGCUCACACGCGAGCGGGAGCGAUCUGGACGGCAGCCUGGAUGACACUGAGAGGCUCCAGAUGGACAGCGGACUUGACCAGCCUGCGAACCCUGCUCAAGGCCUAGAGAGCAGACGCCGUGUAGAGGCGGAAGUGCGGACUUUGGUCCAACUUUCAGAUGUCGAUAGCCUCAAAGGGGUCGACGCGUUCGCCGUGUCCCUCACAGGUGAAAACCGGAUGUCUUCGAGGGGUAAACGGGAGGAGUGCAGAGUCACCGUCUACGUUGUACCUUCUGUUGUGAUGGAGUGCAACGCAGGAGAGACGAAGGCCGCUGCUGUGUUCAGCGUCGGCAACCAGGUUUCCUUCCGAUGCGGCCCUGGACUGAAGUUGGAGCCUGUCGACCUGGACUACGUUUUCAACGACCACGACGGGCUUUGUUCAACGGUGACCCUCCUCAGUGGCCUUCUCCGCGGGUCUCUCAUUCCCAGGGAUGAGGACACUGAAAACGAGGGUGCGUUGGCGGAGUACGUCUUUCACGUCGACGAGCUGCCCCCCAAGCCGCAGCCGCUUUGUUACAAGUGCGUCCAACGCGCGCCUGCCACUUUUAGCGGGGAGCAAACACCCGAUAGCCCUAAGGCAUGCUUUGUGAAAAUCAUAGUCGACUCGGGCGAUCCGGCAGUAUUGUCUCUUGCCACCACCUUCUUUUCCACGAUAUCUGUACUGCUCGCGAGCGUGCUUCGUAUGCCUUAA